AUGCCGGAAUGCCCGGACCGCGGGGCCAAGGCGGCCCCCAUCCAUCAUAAAAUCUCCUUCUCCAUCUUAGACAUCCUGGAUCCCCAGAAAUUCAGCAGGAGACGCGAACCGGCCGCGGGGAGCUGGGGCAGCGGCCCCCGCUCGGGCGAGCGGGAGAAAAGUUUGGGAAGAGUUGAAGUAGGAAAGGACGCUGCUGCUCCCGGCAGCGGGAGGAAUAAACUAGAGGCACAUGCGCCGCCAUCUCGCCUAGAUGCGCACUCCCCGGCGGAGAGCGGCGCGGAGGCAGCGGGGCAGGAGCGCGACGAGGAGGGCCCGCCCGGGGCCGGGGCCCGCCCGGCCGCUCCCGAGGAGGCGGGCUCGCCGCGGGGCGCCCGGCGGCGGCGGGCCGAGGCGGGGUGCGGCAAGCCGCGGCGGGCGCGGACGGCCUUCACCUACGAGCAGCUGGUGGCCCUGGAGAACAAGUUCCGGGCCACGCGGUACCUGUCGGUCUGCGAGCGCCUCAGCCUGGCGCUCUCCCUCAGCCUCACCGAGACGCAGGUGAAGAUCUGGUUCCAGAACCGCCGCACCAAGUGGAAGAAGCAGCACCCGGGCGCCGAUGGGGCGGCCCCCGCCGCAUCCCCCGCGGCGGCAGCGGGCGGCGGCAGCCCCAGCCCGCCGGGCCCCGGCGCUCUGCCCUUCCAGACUUUCCCUGCGUACGCCGCCACCAACGCCCUCGGCCCGCCGGCCGCCCCCUUCGCGCUGGGCGGCGGCCCCUUCGCGCCCUUCCUCGGCCCCGCGUACCUCGGCCCCUUCUACGCCCCGCACCUCUGAGCCGGGCCGGGAGCCGGGCGCCGGGCGGCGGGGCCGAGCCGGCGGGGCUGCCCGGGAGCCAGGCGGGGCGCGGCGGCCUCACUGCUGCUGGUUGCAUGGCCAUGUGAAGUGUAAGAAAUUGAUUUUUUUUCUAGGCGUCACAGCAGAAUGUGUAAGGUACCAUACUUGGACACAGAGGGGGAAAAAAAACCCAAACCCCAAGCCACUGUAACCACUGGAUUUUAUUAGCACGUUUGAGAUGUAAUUACAGCUGUUGGAGAUGGGAAAAGUAACCCUCUUUACACAUGCCUGACACUAAUUCCUUGCAAAUUCUUCUCCAAGUCUGUUUGUAAAACACUCCUCGCUGCCAUUUGGCUUGCCAGCACAUGUCCCAGAUGCGGAGAGCUCGUUACUGCCGUCAGUGCUGCUGCUGGUGCAUGUGGCCGUGUCACAUCCCAGGGAUGCUCGCAGGUGAAGACAUCCUCUGAAUUCACUCAUGGACUCGGUUGUGCCCUGUUUGAUUUAUGUUGUGUUAUCGUUUAUGACUUUGGGCCUGAAAACUGCAAGCCGUGGACUUGGUACCCCACCUGGAAGAGAGUUUCUCUUUUUUGUCUGAGAAGGUGUAGGAAACGGCAGCUCUGUGUCAUCAGGCGACAAGUAGAAAAUCUGUCCAGUCAGUGGGAAAGUGUUCAGUUGCUGCUAAUGUACACUGCCUUUCUUUUCAGUUCAUUCCCAGUGACUUCAGAGGUUUUGGAUGAGAUGUCUAAAGAUCAUUCUUUUUGCAGAGAACAGUUGUUCUUGUGAUAAUACAGCAUUAGUGCCAAAUGAGGCAGAAAAGAAAACAUAAAUCAGAGAAAAUGAUUACAUUAUUCAUUUCUUUAAAAAUGGGGCACUUGUGGUAGAAAAUAAGUAAAAUGCAGAAUUUCCAGCAUGCCGAGACCUAUUUUCCAUAACAGAGAAACACAUGCUUUUUCUUUUUUGCUUUUUGGAGCAUUUGUUAGAAAGGAAAAUCACAUUUCAUCUUCAUCGUUACAAGCACCGGAAUGAAACGGAGUUUUAGCUGGGGGCUUAUCUGUCCCUGAACGGAUGGGAAGUAAUUGGUUUAAAAAAAAUCUGUCUCAUGCAGUUUUACAAAUUAUUACAACACACUGUUCAAGACUGUUGUCCUCUCAGUCUCUUAUGAUGCUUUAAAGUAUACAUUGGCUCUCCAACCAAAAAGCUUAAGU